AUGAGGGGUCCUAUACUCUUGUCGCUUGUGUUUUUUCUCGGGGUCUGUAGCGCCCUCAAGGUUUCCCACUCGGCAAUCCACCCGCGGGAUCUUGAGAUUCGUCAUGGGUGGAGCAUCGAGGGUCGUAUCACCAACGGAAAUCAGGCGAGUGAGGGUCAGGUGCCCUAUAUCGUAGGAGUUAGCCUUAACAGCAACGGAAACUGGUGGUGGUGCGGAGGAUCUAUUAUUGGACAUACUUGGGUGCUGACUGCGGCCCACUGUACCGCUGGUGCCGAUGAAGCUUCACUGUACUACGGUGCUAUUAACUACAACGAACCUGCCUUCCGACACACGGUCAGCAAGGAGAACUUCAUCAGAUAUCCCCACUACGUUGGACUCGAUCACGAUUUGGCUCUGAUCAGGACUCCCCAUGUCGAUUUCUACAGCCUGGUCAACAAGAUCGAACUGCCCAGUCUGGAUGAUCGUUAUAAUUCCUAUGAGAACAGUUGGGUUCAGGCCUCCGGCUGGGGAGCCAUUUACGAUGGCAGCAAUGUGGUGGAGGACCUGCGAGUGGUGGACCUGAAGGUGAUCUCCGUGGCGGAGUGCCAGGCCUACUACGGAACGGAGACGGCCUCCGAGAACACCAUCUGUGUGGAGACUCCGGACGGCAAGGCCACCUGCCAGGGCGACUCCGGUGGUCCUCUGGUCACCAAGGAGGGCGAUAAGCUCAUCGGAAUCACCUCGUUUGUCUCCGAUUACGGCUGCCAGGUUGGAGGACCUGCUGGCUUCACCAGGGUCACCAAGUACCUGGAGUGGAUCAAGGAGGAGACCGGCAUCUAUUAUUAGAUGCUUUAAAGGAUAAACUCUUAA